AUAAAUAAAUAAUAUGUUAUCACGGAGUCUUAUCUGCGAUUUUUGUGCGACGAUAAUAAAUAAUAAUAUUCUGAAUUUCUGAAAAUCUGAACAAUAUGAACGAUAAAUUUUGUGCUGUGCCUGUCGAGUGUCGAGUACUCAGUACUCACGACGUGCCGAACUGUUGAAUGCCCAUGACCGCCAAAUGCCAUCUGAAUGUGCUGCUCGUUGGUGUUGAAUUUUUGCCACCAGUUUAAAUUGCAGGUUCCAAAGUUUCUGCAAAAUCGUUUUCCUCUAUUACCAUUGCCAAUGUGGGUUUUUUACUGAAUUGAGUUGUUUGGUUUGUAUUAAACCAUUAAGUAUUUCUAUGCAUUCCAUAUUCAUUGGAUUUCUAUUACCCAGGAUAUGAUAUGGAGAAAACUCAAGAAACUGACACAGACACACUGAUUUCUGAUAUAAAUGAUAUUGCAAUACACGAUCCAGUAAUUAGUAAAUCUGUUACUGAAAAUGAGCCUGAACCAAGUAGUUCAGAACAGGGAAGUUCUUAUGAAAUUUUAUUUGAUCAACUUAAAGAAAAUAACAAACAUAUAUUUGUUUUAAGUACAGCUGGUAAACCUAUAUACACACGGUUUGGAAAUGAAAACCAAAUGGCCUCCCUUUUUGGCUUAAUGAUAGCUUUAGUGUCGGUGACCCAAGAUUCAAAUGACACAUUACAGUCGAUUUGUUGCGGUCAGACUCGAAUAGUGUUUUUAAAUAAAGAUCCUAUCAUACUGGUCGGUGUUUCCCAAUCUUCUGAGCCGAAUGACCAAAUUAAAAAACAAUUAACAUAUGUCUAUAACAAUAUAAUUAGUACAUUGACAUUAACACAGUUAAAAAAAAUCUUCCACAAUAGAACUAAUUUUGAUUUGAGGCGAUUAAUGAGUGGAUCUGAAAGAUUGAUAGACAAGCUUAUAACGUUUACUGAGACUGAUCCAGGAUUUUUAUUGGAUUCCAUUAGUUGUCUACAAAUGCCAUCUAGUAGCAGAGAUAAAAUAACACAAACCAUAUUGACACAAUGCAGUAAAAUAAAAAAUUUAGUAUUUGGUUUAUUGAUUGCUCAAAAACACAUUAUAUCGAUUGUACGUAUGAAAAAAUACUCGCUGCAUGUAUCCGAUAUUCACUUAAUAUUAAACCUAAUCAAUUCAACAGAAUCGUUUAAAACAGCAGAGACUUGGACACCUAUUUGUUUACCUACAUUUGAUUCUAGUGGUUACAUGCACGCUCAUAUAUCAUAUUUGGCAGAAGAUUGUCAAGCAUGUCUAGUUUUGUUAACAAUUGAUCAUAAUCUUUUUUUUGCACUUUCCGACGCCAAAAGAAAAAUCACAGAAAAAAUGCGUUGCAAUGAUUGUCUCCAUGAAAUCAACGAAGCUAUUAUUCGUCAACCCGUCAGCUUAGCACGAGCAAAUAUUACUGGACUACGGCAUCUUUUGUACAAGAACAAAAACCGCUCACAACACUGGUGCCCUCCAUUUACUUCUCCAUAUAAUACCAUCGCACUACAACAAAACCUCAUGUCAGUUUAUAGUUCAUUGAUCAGCCAAAUGAAUUUCCCUGGUCGUACAUUGAAAGUAAUUUUUCAACAAUUAACAGCUGAAACUAUGCUGGCUUGGGCAACUGACGAUGUUGAAUUGUAUAUGAGUUUUGAGCCACUAGUUUCUAAAGAAUGUGCGACAAAUGCCGUAACUAAACUAACUCAAUGGAUGAAAAAAGAAGAGGAUUCGUUGUUUAUAUUUAAUAUUCCCAUGUUUUAAAAUUAACUAUUAUAUGUAAUUGAAUCCAGAAUUUGUGA